AUGGUCACCAUUUACUUUGCGGAGUUCUAUCCUGGGUUACCGGUCAUGCACCAGGCGACAUGGAACAUUGCGAAAUGUCCCACACACCUCAUAGCUGCCUUAGCAUGUCUUGGGUCUACAAAGUAUCAUAGGAAGAAGGGGCUGGACGCGGAGUCAAGCAUGCUGGCCGAGAUAUGUUUUCGGCAUUUGAACGAAGCGUAUGCACGCGGACCUGCCGACUAUCAGAACAUCGAGUUCGCAGCUGCAUCCUUGUAUCAUCAAGUCUACUGCUUGGGUGUCGCCGUUCCGUCACUCCAUGAGCGCGCCGACAACUUCCGCGGAAUCCUGGUGCAAGCUCUUAGGAGAACCGGCGUGUACCGCUCCAUAAACAUCGCCGAUCCAUGGAGCUUAAAGGUCCCUUCCAUUGAAGACCUCGACCCCAAAGAUGCUGCAAAACUCGAGUUUGCAUGGCAUCAGUGGCGGGCUGCUGAGAUGGCAAAGAGACUCGCGUGGAGUGUUUUCGAAUAUGACAACAGUCUCUCGACUCUGACGACCAAGCGAGGCGUGGUGAGCUUGCAAGAACUUCCAGACAGGCUGCCCUGCGAUGAGAGCCUUUGGGAGGCGCAAUCUGCCGUAGCAUGGGCGUCCAUGGCGUCCCUAACAGGACAUUCACUUCAAGGAGCUCCUUUUCGGCCGCUCCUUCGUGAAAUCUUGAACGGAAAAGCGAUUUCUGACAAUGUGCCAUCAUGGUGGAAGCGCUGUUGCGCUCAAACCAUCGCUCGACUUUUCUGGAAUCUGAAGGAGAUGGACAACUCCAUCUUAAACCUUUACGCCCUGAAUUCGUUCACAGAGUCUCAGAAACCUCUCAGGAAAUAUCUGUUCCAGAGUCUGAAAUUGCUGCAUGAUUCUGCAGUAAGACCGUCCCGACCUCAAGACCUUGUUCAUGUCAACAUUACUUGCCUUAUUUAUCAUCAUGCGAACUUGUACAGCCAACAAGAAAUGAUGGAAAUGAUCAUACUUAUCUGCCAGAACGGGACGAGCCCAAACGACAUGGAGCUGGAUAUGGCAAAGACCAGGCUGCAAAUGGUCCUCGCUAGUGAUCCUGUCCAUGCGAGACGACUCGUAUACCAUGCGGCAUCCAUCAUUGCAAUUUCUAGAGAAUGCACAGUCAACACCCCAUGCGAGAUAAUGAGGGUUUUUGACGCUUAUGCAUAUGUUCUUGCAUUCGUCAAGUUCGGCCCAGAAAAGAGGAAGACGCGUAGUUCAAUCAGGGAAUCCUGCGCUGUCAAUCUCAGCACUCCCGCCACGGCUAGUGGCACUUUGGCCAAUGAAGCUAGCGAAAGUGAAGACUCCGUCCGGCUCGACCGUAUCCCAUGGUCUCGUACAGUUGCUCAGCAGAAUGCAGUUGUCCUCUGGAUCAACAAGAACUGUGGCUAUCCUUCCAUUGACGACGCACACGAUAUUUACGAAGAUGGCAGCUACGCAAAACUCAAGGCCAUUGCCCUUCAGGCUAUCGAAAACUUGAGCGUGUGGGAUUUAUCACGUAGAUUCUACAGCACUAUAGAGAGUUUAAACUAG